CACGACAGUCAAGACGUCGGUCGCCCAAUCUAUUUUGUUUGCAGUGGAGCCCUUUGGGACGGGGGAACCAAUGUCAUCUCUUGUUUCAUUUGUUCCAUCCAUAGAUGAGGCUUUUUUCCGAGGCCCCAAGAACAGAGCACAGGACCAUUUCUCACUCUAAAGUAAGACCCUUUGGCAAGCAACAAUUGUCCCGAGAAACAAAAAGGAGAAAAAAGGAGCACCUCCAGUCGCUUGAGAACAUGGUGGGGUGGGCGUGUUGGUGGGCCAGUUAGCAGCUUGGAACUGCUGAACCCUGGGAGGGAACGUUCAUCAUGGUCUCUCUUCUUUGACGGUGGGUUCCACUUGCUCUCGUUGGUUGGGUUUCAAUUUCUCACAACUGAGAAGAGAAGCCAGAAGGAGAAGAAGAAGAAGACGAGGAGGGAGACGAAAAAAAACGAUCCUGGGCGUCUUUUGGAGGGGCGUCCGUUACAAGGGUCCAUACACAAUCUUGGCCAUUUGUUGCCAAGAAGUGAGAAUGAAGGUACUCAAAUCCCUCUCCCUGAAGCUUUUGAUUACGGUGUUCCUGUGCUUGCAAAUGAGCACCACUAUAAUGGGUCGAAUGGGCGUGGGUCGAGGUCCCAAAGAAGAGGAUUAUCAUAGCAUGUACCAAAAGGAGGCCAAACCCUAUUCAGACAUCAAUUUCGACAAGGACCUGGCCUAUGUACCUCGAUACAGAUAUCCAAUCAGUUCUUAUGUGGGCAAAAGAAUGAAAAGCCCAGAGGAAACGGACCCUUAUAGGCGUGGGCCUGUUUACGGACCGUUGUCCCAAUUGCUCCGAGACCUUUUGAGUCGUUUUCGAGGAGGAGAAGACGAGGGCGACAUUUUCAAGAAGUGAAGACCAAGCAAGCUAGGAAGCUAGCAAGCCUCUCAAUUCAUUCCAAGGGGAUGUAAUUACUCGUGGCUCUUAUUUUGUCAUUUGUUGAGCAUUUGAUUGGCAUUUAGCCCCAAUAAAAGGGCCGCUCAA